AUACAAACAAUCGUUAGGGAACUGUUAGGGGCUUGGUGAAUGUUUUAGGCACCCCUAAUCUUGCUGAUUACUUCCCGGUUCUUAAGUUGAUCGAUCCACAAGGCACUAAGCGCAAGGCAGAGGGUUACUUUGGGAUGUUGCUAGCGAUGUUCGAUGAAAUAAUUAGCGAAAGGAUGCAAUCGAGGUGCAUGUUAUCAUCUCCUGAUUAUCCUAAGAAAAAGGAUUUACUUGAAGUAAUCAUCGAUCUCAACCUAGAAAGUGAUUAUGACUUGAGGUUGGAGGACAUAAAGCACUUUCUUUUGGAGCAGAAUCAAUCUCAAAUACCACGGAAUGGGCAAUUGUGGAACUUCUCGCAUUGGCGUCACUCCUCCAUGGUGAUCAAGCGAGCUUCCACGAAUUUAAUUCCAGAGAUUGAUGCGAGCCCUAUAAGACAAAUGCAAGCCACAGUACGAGCCUCCAAAUGGUACGUUAAAAAUAAAGAUUUAACCAUAUUUGGUAAUGGCAGUGAUCUAUUCAAUACACUGCCUAAUUUUAAUAUGCGACACAUCACACAUUAGAUUCCUGUAUCACUAGACGAUUCAUCGAUUCGAAUCCGUCUGCGUAAAACUAA